AUGGAGUCAGCAAACGACAUCACCGCUCGUCUUUAUAAUGUCAGUGCAAAGUGGUCAGAUAUCAUCAUCAAAUACGGAGAGCAUCAAAUCCAUGCGCACAAAGCAAUACUCGUGCAACAGUCUGGGCACUUUUUGACUGCAUUCACAACCUUGCUCCCGGUUUCUUCAAGCCCAGGCAUCGAUCUAGGAGACGAUGACGAUCCUAGACUCCUCACAUGGAUACUGCAGUACAUCUAUCGCCAUGGCACCCUUCACAACUACUUCUCGAACUUGAAAACCUCGAAUCCACGAAUGUCGAUGGAACAACUGAUCGAUCUGUUCGAGCUCGCGGACAAAUACGAUGUCGAGGUGUUACGCAAAAUCACCCGCAGGGACUGGGAAACCAAAACGAGGAACAUGUUCAGUCUCUCCAAUGAUAAAAGAUUCUCCGAUAUAACCAUUUGUAUCGGAGGCGGACUAAAGAUAUUCGCCCACAAAGCCGUCCUUGCAAGUUACUCGACCUGCUUCCAAAAAAAGCUCGAAAGAACCCCCUCAAUCGACAGUAUCGACCUUGGUAUCAAAGGCAGCCAUGCUGCGAUGAAGGCCUUUCUCAAGGACUUCUACAUGACCGAUACCUACUCUGAACCAGAAUGUUCGGUGCAAUUCUAUGCUGAUCUGUACCUACUGGCAACACAUCUUGGCCGUGAAGACAUAGCUCCAUUCUACCUGGAACGCUUCAGCGCUUUGUUGAGCAAGGAACCAUUCACAUAUGACUACAUCGCAUGCCUAGAAACAUAUUGCGGACCGGUUUAUUCCAGAUACUCCGAAUCGACACUCUCUGAGAUUGUCUUCCAGCAAGUCCUGCAUCGUGUGCGGAGUCUAAGAGAAAGCCGCGAUUACCCCCCAAGUUAUUUUGCAAGGGCGCUGCAAUGUGGAACUGUCUUCAAUGGAAGAUUCGCUGCACGCUUUGCCAGUGAGGUUUUCUCAAGCUUGGUGAUGGAAGUGCAGCGUACCUAGGGGUGUUGUUAUAGGUACUAUUGGCUGAUGAUCUUGUUUACAAUGUCCACAAUGGCGUCUCCUGCGCUAUAGACUUGCCCAUGUCGGCUGUUUCGUUAUACAUGCUCAUAUGCGAAGGCCUGUAAAAAACUU